AUAAACAAUUAACAAACACGAAGGUGAGGUGCGCGUCGGUUUCACAUUUUCUUUUGUUAUAUUCAUAAUAAUUAAAAAUAAUUCUUUUGUAUAUCAAAUCAGAUUUAGUACCUGAAUGAAUGCGUGCAGCAGGUGAAAUAAGUAUUUUCUUAAGUUGAAUCUUGGAAAGGAGAGGUUAUUUAAUCCCGCAGCAACAUGGUUCAGGCAGCAGAAGAAACGGAGCAGCCUGAUCUGCCACAAGCUGUCAAUUUAUUAAAAGAAAUGAACAUGAAUGUACAACAAGUGUCACAACUUGUGGACAAUAUGCUACUUCGUGUCAAGACUGGUGAAAUCACUACUGACAAAGGAUUGAGUUUCUUAGAAAUGAAGUACCAAAUGCUUCUCAGCUACCUGAUAAACUUGACAUACAUUGUAUUAAGGAAAUGCUCUGGUGAAAAGAUUGACUCAGAUCCAUCUAUUGAUAGGCUCAUUGAGAUUCGAACUGUGCUUGAAAAGAUUCGUCCUGUAGAUUCUAAAUUAAAAUACCAAAUUGAUAAGCUUGUCAAAACUGCAGCAGUAGGUUCCACCACUGAAGAAGACCCACAGUCAUUUCGAGCUAAUCCUGCUAAUUUAGUUAGUAAGAUUGAUAAUGAGGAGGAUGAUUCUAGUGAUGCCUUAGAAGAUGAAGUUAAGAAGGAUUCUAGUAAGACUAAUAUAUAUGUCCCUCCCAAACUGGCAGCUGUACAUUUUGAAGAGAGCUCAUCCAGGGCUGAUAAUGACAAGAAAAACAAAGAGAGGUCAAAGAAACAGAUCCUUAAUUCCAGAGUUAUGAGUGAGUUGCGAGAAGAGUAUUCAGAAGCACCACUGGAAGUCACUACAGGGAAUCAUGUAAAGCACUCGAUAUCCAAACAAGAACAGGAACGGAUUGAAUAUGAAGAAAAUUACCUCACCAGACUUCCGGUCUCUAAAGCUGAGAAAAAUCGCAGGAAAAAAUUGACAACAGUUGGGAUGUUGGCAGAAGAAAUCACAGGGACUAGUAGUAAUCGCACCUCAAAUAAACGUAAAUUUAAGUCCAAGAAAGGAAAAAGUUUUAAGAGAAAGCGUUCUCACUAGGGAUAUUUUCUAUGAUUUUUUAAGUUUAACUUAUUCCAUUUUAUAUUUUUACAUUUUUAGAUAUUAUAGUUUAAGGGCUGAUCUUUUCAAAGUAGACUAAUGACAGUAAUGACAGAUUCAAAACACAGGAAUAAUUCUAGUAAUUUAAAUUUUUGACCCCUCCCCCCUCCUUGUCACAUUUGGCAAACCCCUCCCCCUGGUGUGACGUCACACUUUUUCAAUGAAAUCGGCAAAUCAAAUUAAGUAUUAUAAAUAAAAUUAAAUCAUUUUUAUUUCGACUAACUAGGAUCAUUAAUAUUUUAUCAAAAUAUUUUUGACAAAAGUAAUAUUAGUAAUUUUAUAACCCAAAACUGAUUAGGAAAGAAAAUUAAACGAAUAAAAUAGAUUAUCGUUCCAAAAGCUUGUUAUUUAACUGUACAGGGAAUAAAAUAAUUUAGUGACGUCACAAAGUUUGUGACCCCCCUCCCCCUUGUCACAACAUGUCACAUUUUCUUGACCCCCUCCCCACCUAAACGUGUGAUGUAAUUAAUGGAUGACCCCAAAGUAACUGCACUACCACAGAUGUUAUUACAUUGAGUUCAAAUAAUGUAACAGGGUAAAUUGAUAAUACCUACACAUGAUUUACAUGAAAAUACAUGCAGUGGCCUUAUUAUGUUAAAAUAAAACAAAUUAUUUAGUUUUGAAUGCAUUAAUUGCUUUCUACAUUUAUUAAUUUGUCAAUAAUAAAGCUUUUAGUGAUUUAAAUAGUUAUUAUGAUGUUGCUAAAAUAGACUCAAUACAAAUCUAAUAUAAAACAAAUUCAUUUAAAUAUGUAGAUUUUUAAUCAUAGCAAAAGGUUUAUGAUAAAAGAACACUGUUAAAAUGUAUUACAAACAAAUACGUACCUACAUUAUGUUAAGUUAAUACUUUGUUGGAUUUAAGUUUUAUCUUUGUUGUGUUUUAUUAAUUUCAUUAUGCAUGUUCUUUAAUUUUUUCUUGACAUAAAGUGGUUUGAAUUAAA